AUGCUAGCACUCUUCGGUGUCUUUGAAUAUUUAUCCAAUGUUCGGCGUUUACUGGGCAGAUUUCAGGCUUUCUAUUCUGCACCGGCGACGGUGAACACUGAUGAACAGAUAUCAUCAAAUGUUAUUUCCACUUCUAGUGAACCAUCACCACAACAAUGCAAUAUUCUUCUUGGGCCUGUUCUGAAUAACAUUCUCAAAGACAAUCGAUUGAAUUAUUUUGAUGAGGAAUUUCAGGAAGAUCUUCAACGAGACGAAUAUUUCGCACGUGAGCUUGACGCUUGUCUACUUGAAAUGCGAGAUAUUGAACGCGAUUUAUUGAAUUUAAAACGGCGACAAUGCUACUUUUAUGAACAAUAUGUAGAUUUUAUCGAACAGAAAGAUCAACUGAUUGAUCAAUUCAUUGAAUAUUAUGAUCAAUAUUUAUUAAACAAGUCAAAUCAAUCUCGAUCUUCAUCACCACAACAGUUACGAACAGGAUCAAUAGACUAUGAAUUUAGUGUACCUGUAUCAAACCGUUUUGAACUAUUCAAAUGGCAACAUACACAAGAUUUCGAAUGA